ACGCUCACGAAUCGCACACCCUUAGCGAUGCUUGUUAAUGUUUAUUGUCCGUUAAAAACACCGACUCCGCGUGCUCGGCUUCUCGUUUCGCGUAACGUCCUUGAUUAUUAACUGACAAUAUCUCACGAAAAGGCAAGCCGGACUUCCACGCUGGUGUACGCAAGUUGUUAGCGCGCUAGUUAGUUCUUAUGAGACUCUAGCUAAUCUUCAGUGCGUAAUACCGCCGGCGGCUGUCUGCGGAGAUUAGCUCCGUUCUCGCUGGCUUUGCUCUGGAGUGUUUAAUCAGCUCCUUAGGAACGAGCAGGACGGUUAGCUUAGCUAACUCGCUAACGCCUUUUCUAUGUUUACUUCACAUUUUCGCACCUUCCGCUUCCUUUAACCCUCACUUGGGUUAGCUUAAACCCUUUUAACUUUCCCCCCUUUUCGUCUGAGAGUAUGAGUAACGUUAGAAAUCCGCUGUCUCGGACUCGGUCUGAGGUGUUCAGGCAGCUGAGGAGGGAGCUGUAUGAUGAUGAUGAAUUUCGUCAGGUUCCUCACGUCUUUGUCAUUAUGGGAGCUUCGGGAGACCUUGCCAAGAAGAAGAUUUACCCCACGCUGUGGUGGCUGUUUAAGGACAGACUCCUUCCAGAGGAGACCUACUUUGUGGGCUUUGCUCGUUCUCGCCUGACAUUGGAUGACAUUCGUGCCGCCUGUUUACCUUACAUGAAGGUAAAAGAAGAGGACAGCGAGCGUCUGUCAGCGUUUUUCAGUAGAAACUCUUACCUGGCUGGGCGGUACACAGAUGGAGAGUCGUUUACACAGCUUCAGUGCCACCUGGACUCUUUGGCCCCUGGAACUGCUGCAAAUCGUCUCUUCUAUCUGGCCCUGCCGCCCACUGUCUACAAUGAUGUCACCAAGAACAUCCACCAGCACUGCUUGAGUGAUGAGGGCUGGAACAGAGUGAUUGUAGAGAAACCCUUUGGAAGGGACCUGCAGAGCUCAGAGGAGCUGUCAGCACACCUGUCCUCCCUCUUUAAUGAGGAACAGAUCUACCGCAUAGAUCACUACCUGGGCAAGGAGAUGGUGCAGAACCUCAUGGUACUCAGAUUUGGGAACAGAAUUUUUGGCCCUAUUUGGAAUAGAGAGAGUGUGGCCUGUGUAGUCCUGACAUUUAAAGAACCCUUUGGAACUCAUGGAAGAGGUGGAUACUUUGAUGACUUUGGCAUUAUCCGUGAUGUCAUGCAAAAUCAUCUACUCCAGAUGCUCACCUUGGUUGCCAUGGAGAAACCCACUUCCACUGACUCUGACGAUGUGAGAGAUGAGAAGGUAAAAGUCUUAAAGUGCAUCGCUCCAGUGGCUCUGUCUGAUGUGGUGCUGGGACAGUAUGCGGGGAACCCUGAGGGGGAAGGAGAGGCUAAGCUGGGCUACUUAGAUGACCCCACCGUUCCUGAAGGAUCCUGCACCGCCACUUUCGCCACUGCAGUGCUCUACGUCCAUAACGAGCGCUGGGAAGGGGUACCCUUCAUCCUGCGCUGUGGUAAAGCCCUAAACGAGCGUAAGGCUGAAGUGAGGCUGCAGUUUACAGACGUUCCAGGGGAUAUCUUUAACUCCCAGUGUCAGAGGAAUGAGUUGGUAGUCCGUGUGCAGCCUGAUGAGGCCAUUUAUGCCAAAAUGAUGACCAAAAAGCCAGGCAUGUACUUCAGUACCGAGGAGACUGAGCUGGACCUGACGUACCGCAGCAGAUAUAGGGACGUGAAGCUUCCUGAUGCUUAUGAGCGUCUGAUUCUUGACGUGUUCAGUGGGAGUCAGAUGCACUUUGUGCGCAGUGAUGAACUGAAGGAAGCCUGGAGAAUCUUCACUCCCCUCCUCCAUCAGAUUGAGGCAGAGAGGGUACAGCCCAUGCUGUACACAUACGGGAGCCGAGGACCCAAGGAGGCUGAUGAACUGCUGAAGCGGGUAGGAUUCCACUACGGAGGAACUUACAAGUGGGUUGAUCCUCAUGCUGUGUAAACACUCCACCAUUCCAAAUGGAUUUUUCUCUCACAAUCAAACCAAAUUUCCUUCCGUCACUAAGCAGAGAAGAGCGUUAAAGACUCAUUCCUGUUCAGACUGAGGGAGAUGAAUGCAGUGAAAUCCUGAUCAUUCACUAAGACACAAGUGUUAAUCAGUGAACGAGUUAACUGCCUGUGCACUGGUGGUAAAAUGGGUUGAAGAUUUCAGCCUCAAUUCAGUAUUAUUUUUUCUCUAAUGUGAAUAUAGAGAACCAAAAACCUGUAUUUCCAAUCAAAAGAUGAUGCUUCAUGAUUGCUCUGCAAUAAUUCAUCUAAUGCAUUUCUUUUCAUUUGAAUGUAAUUGGAAUUUAAUUUGUUUUGGGGUUUCUGUCCUUCUGAUGCUGCUUCAUUUGAAUGAUUCCAUGUGAAGUUCUUCAUUUUCCAUACUUCUUUUUCUCCAGUUGCUGAGACCAUGUUUCCCAUAUAUAGAAGGGAAUAGAGUAAUGCAGGCAGACUGGAGUUUUAGCUGGUGCUUUAAAAGUUAAAAGCAAUACGCACAGUACUUUUGUAAUACAGUACUUUUGUAGUGUUCUAUGUUGGAUUUCUGUUACAAUUUGAAGUACAGAUGCACUUUUUUGUAUUAUCUGUAUAAACUACAGUAUGCUUUGCAUAUGGCACUUUGUCAAAAGUGGAAAGACCCAUGUUUACAUUUUUUAAAUCAUUAUGGCAAAACAGUAGUUGGGCAUGUGGGUGGGAGGGUGUAGUCUUGACAAGCCACCCACACGAAAGAUCACACCUGAGAGUGAACGAGCUAAUAAGGAUCAGUAAGAAACAUAUUGGAAGGACCAAGGUUUAUGUUUUUCUGCGUCAAGGUAAGGAGCCUUUCUGUACAACCACCUUGCUUAAAUCGCAAAGAAUCUGAAUUCAUAUCUUAAGUUAAUGUUUUAAUUACGUUCCACACCUCUUCAGGUCCUGUCUGUACACAUUCCUACGAGCCGCCACGUCUUUCGGAAUUUUGAGCACACACCUGUCAGUCAUGUCACUUAAUCUGCUGGUUGUGACUCUCACUCACUCACAGGUUGCAUGCUCUGUCCAGGGGAAUGUUGCCUUUCCGCUCGGAGGACAAAUGAGUGGUCGGUCUACUAUCUUUAACUUCCAAGAAUAAGUAUGUAGAAUGGGGUGUGCUGAGUAUACCACAGUGCUAAUGACAUGGGCUUGGCUGUGCUGUACGUAAUAGUCUGGAAUGUACUUAAAUGGCCCACCAGCACUUGUAUUUUGAGGAUUUCUAUGGUAAAAAUAAAAAGUGGCUUUUCUUACAAGUAA